AUGCUCCCUGUUCCUGCUGCAUCCCCGCUUUUCCUGGCUCUCUUCUACUCUAUCCUCUUCCUUGCAACCUCCCCUUCAUCACCAUUCGUCGACUCUCCAAUACCGCCUGCCCUCUCAAGCCUUUCUUCAUCUGCACCUCUGCCGGACCGAACAUGGCUCAGUGUGAACUCUGGCCGGGUACAAGAUCCCCAUCUGGCAGGAUAUCAACCAACCUACCCUUUCAACGAAACUGAUCCCGGAUCCCUUUUGACAUCGAAUGACGACCAGGAUCCUCGGACCAUCGACGACGAGAUACCGCCGAAUCAUGUCGACUGGCGAUACCGAGGCAUAGGGUUGAUCGUCGAUUUCGGGUGGAAACGCUCAGAUGCAGGUAUACGAUGGGAGCGAGGGUCAGUGGGCUUACGAAAGGAUACGAAGGAAGAUCGAUCAUUUGGCUUUCUGACGCGAUUCUCCCGCUUACUACGUAGAGGAGUCAGUCAUGGGGAUCAGUAG